AGAUAUUUACAAUCUGAUCUUCUGUCGACAAGUAGCUAACCUGAAUAGUACCUUCUGCAAUCAGCUGUCGAAUAUAGUGAACAUGUACAUCAAUAUGCUUUGUCUUGUUAGAGAGUGCUAGAAGAUCCAGUAUAACCUUCUCACAACAACUUGAGUUAUUGGGAUCAAUUUAUUUAUGACAGUUCUGUUGGAUCUUAUACAGGCCCAUGUAUGGUACUUAACCAAUUCCUUGGAUCGUAACCCACAGGCCACAGGUCCCUGGAUCGUAACAAGGCUCUGAUACCAUGCCAUAAACCAGUUGGUCCCAAUAACUUGAGUUAUUGGGAUCAACUGGUUUAUGACAGCGUAUCAGAGCUGGUUUGGCCAAGUGGUUGUGUGUUCGAAUCUCCACGACCCCCAUUAUUAACCGUUGUCUUUCAAACACAUGGUAUGACGGGCCUGUGCAAACUUCAAGCCCAUGGGUUGGCUUUCGUUUGAGGGGGCGUGUUAGAGAGUGCUAUAAGAUCCAGCAUAACCUUCUCCCAACAACUCGAGUUAUUGGGAUCAACUGGUUUAUGACAUGUCUAGUCAUGCAAAACAAGAUUAAUGGCACUAUGUAUAGCCCUCGUAUUAUCACCAUAAGUCCACAUUGGAACCCGACAUGUAACACCUAAUUCACCAAGAAGUCGCGAUAACCAGACCAUCUCCAAACUCACCUUUGAAAUCAUCAACAUGAAAAUAGAAGGUGGACAUAUGGAAUGUCAUUUUUCAAACACUUUCUGCGAACAAGGUCUUGGCCAAUGCAGUCAAAACCACGAUUGUAUGUAGAAGCGUUUUGGUGACAAAGAAGCGUAAACACGUAAGCUUUUAAGCUUUAAAACGUAGAUUUUGACUAUAAUUGUAGGUGAAAAAUAUGAUUCUAAGUAGAACCGUUAUAGUGACCUAGAAAUGGAAAAACGUAAGCUUUUAAGUAUUAAAGCACGAUUUUGACUACAUCAGUCUUGGUUUAGUGGUAAUAAAAGUAGUCUUGAAUCUGGAGAUACCAGAUUCGAAUCUCUUUAGUAUUACCUCAUUAUAAAAAUCAAUCUAUAACACCAUUAUAAAAAAAUGAGUUGACAUGGUAACUCAUCCUUCUCUUUUGUCAUUAUUUCCUUUGGAUCAUACAACAACUCAAAUGCAUUAAUGUCCAACCAAAAUUAGUUUAUGUAAGCACGGCAUUAAAUCAUUGUUGAACCUAAUUACACGAUUAUUCAUUUUCUAAUUCUCUCUCCAUUACUGCAUUUGAUGUAUACAAAACUACAGAUUUCAGUCUUAAUCAACCUCCUUCCUAUUUCCUGUCUCUAUAUAAAUCCACUACUAUCCAACACUUCACAAAUAAACCCUUACAAUCUCCAAUCCAAACAAAAAGAAAAGGAAGAAGAAGAAGAAGAGGAAUUCUCCAUGAAAAUGAUGAAGCUCGAAGUGAAAACAAUCUCCAAACAAACCAUCCAGCCAUCUUCCCCAACUCCUCCCCAUCUCAAAACCUUCCACCUCUCCCUCCUCGACCAACUCAUCCCUCCUCCUUACGCUCCACUCAUCCUCUUCUACCCGAACUCCCAACACGGCGUCGUAUCGAGCAGCUCGCGCCUCGACGUGCUCAAAUCGUCCCUGUCCGAAACCCUGACCCGGUUCUACCCACUGGCCGGAACCCUCUCCUCGGACGAUCUCACCAUCGACUGCGACGAUCGAGGGGCCAAUUUCGUCGAGGCUCGGGCCGAUUGCACCAUAACCCGGUUCCUCACCCAACCGGAUCUCUUAUCGCUGCCCAACCUCCUCCCGGUCGACCCGGCCGGCCCGAUUGUCGAGCCGAGACACGUGUCGAAUUUCCAGGUCACCGAGUUCGCCUGCGGCGGGAUUGCCAUCGGGAUUUGCAUCUCGCACAAGAUGCUCGACGGCGCCGCGCUCGGAACUUUCCUCAAGGCGUGGACCGCCACCGCUGCCGUCGAAGAGGAAAAGGAAACGAGUAGGAUGCUAAUUAAUCCCGUAUUCGUCGCCGGGACUCUGUUUCCGGCGGGAGGCUCCCACUGGCUCCGGGACGCCUCAAUGCCGAUGUGGGGAUCGUUCUUCAGGAAGGGGAAAUGCGUGACGCGGCGAAUCGUCUUCAAUUCGCCGGCGAUCCAGUCCCUCAAGUCCAGAUCAAACUCUCCGGCGACCAGGGUCGAGAUCGUUUCUGCCCUGCUCUGGAAAUCAAUCAUGGCCGUGACCCAGAAACCGUCCGUCCUGACCCACAUGGUCAACCUCCGGAAUCGGAUCGACCCAAAUCUCUGCCGAAACGCCCUGGGGAACCUCCUCUGGAUCUCGUCGGCGAAACACGAUCCAAAAACAGAGUAUCCGUCCGGGUCGUCGGGGCUCGGAGAAUUGGCGGGGAAAGUGAGGGAAUCGAUUUCCAAAAUCGACGGCGGGUUCGUGGGGAGGCUGAUGAGUGGGGCGGAGAGGGAGGCGGCGAUGGCGGAGACGUUUGAUGGGAUCGUGGAGAUGAAGAUGAAGGAAGGGGCGGAUUUUGUGGGGGUUUCGAGCUGGUGCAGGCUGGGGUUUUACGGGUCGGAUUUCGGGUGGGGAAAGCCGGUUUGGGUGAGCAGCUACGGGUUGGAAGGUUCGGUGUUCUUGAAUCUGGUGAUGAUGGCGGAUACGCCGUGCGGCGAAGGGGUGGAGGCGUGGGUGACGAUGGACGAGGAGGAGAUGGCGGCGGUGGCGAGGAAUGAGGAGAUGUUGGAGUUUGCCAAGUUUGAUCCCAGUCCGUUGGUGAAUUUUACUAGUGGUUAGUGUAAAACUCAAGGAUAUACUAAAAUCGUAAAGUUAGC